CAUUAUUUAAAAGUCUUGCUACAGUAACCACAUGACGCGUAUGUUGGAAGUUUUACGGGGAAAGGAUAACGCUAACGUACGGAGUUAGCUAAUGUUGCUAACGUUAGCUAUCUGUCUUCACGACUAGCCUGCAGGAUGUCUAAACUUGAACGUUUAAACGCACGUGUGGCCAAGCUACUGACUGAAGCGGUGCAGGAGGUUCUGGAGGUGGUAAAGGACACGGUGUCAGAGUACCAGGAGAGAACUGCCAGAACACAGAGAGAGAACGAGAGCCUGAAGAGGAAGCUGCAGGAGCUCCAGGACAAUAUAACAAGAGGGAGCAAAGCUGUUCCACCAACAAAUAGUCCGUUACCUGAAGAAAAACAACAAACACAGAAUCAAGAGCAGGAUUUGGGGUUCGCUUUGAGGCAGGACUCAAACAUAUUUCUCGUAGAGCAACAGAUAAGCAGCCACAAAACUGACCAUGACGUGAAGCAAGAAUCACUACAACAGGAGAGCUGCAAUAACACUGAAUCAGAAGCUGAGUCCAACUCGGCACAAACAACAGAACAUUGCCGAGUACAACCAGAGGAGGUGGCACACAUUAUUGAGGAGGCAACAGAAGUCGACACAUCACACAGUGAACACAGAGACCUCAGUGCUAUCUCAUCCAAUAACGAGUGCACCUUUCACUCCAGCACCUCACUCGGGGUAAACCUGGCAGUUAUCAAAACAGAGUUAGAACUAACAGACUGCACAACAACAGCACCACAACAAAAUAGCGGAUGUGUGGAUUUAAGCUGCAACUCUUCUCGUCAGAUUUCUGCUGAGACGCAAAUGUUUGUCCACUCAAAUCAUACCGUAUCUAGAAGGCAUGGCUUUGCAAAAACCAACAGACCUGUGUUCGAUGGUAGAAAAAUCCGAAUGGAUCACUUCAGGAGAGAUGAAUCCCACUUGUGUGUUGUUUGUGGAAAGACAUUCAGCAGGGUUGGGAACUUGAGAAUCCACCAGCGUUGUCAUACGGGAGAGAAGCCGUAUGGCUGUGUACAGUGUGGGAGACGUUUCAGUCAGGCAGGAGACCUGAAAAAACACAAGAGGGUCCACACGGGGGAGAAACCGUACUACUGCAACCAGUGUGGAAAGAGCUUCAGUCGGGGGGAAAAUCUGAAAAGACAUCAGAAGAUUCACAUUGGAGAGAUUUUACAGUUACAGCAAGUGUGGAGGGAGCAACAGCAAUGAUUAUUGUUCUAGACUCAAAUCUGCACAUUUACUUUGUGGAGAAUCUGUGAAGGAUCAUUUUUGGUCUGUGGCCUUAGUCAAGAAAUAGUUGCAAGUAUAGGCUACAGAACUUAUUAAGAGGCGAGUUUCUUGUAACUUCAAGGAAUUGCUACAAGAAGCUCGUUGCUGCUCUAGUAUGAUCCAGGCGUGUGCGACUUACGCAAGUGUUUUUGUCCAUCUGAUCGUUAUAAUACAGGGCUGUUGAAGCAAAUCACUGCAUAAAAGAGGCUACAGCUUUACUGGUAGAGAUUCACUGAUAAAGGCAUUCUAUCACUAUGUGAAUUCAUUUCUGUCUAAUAUUGUUGUUGGGUAAUAGGAUUUUGUCAAUUGUGGAGUUUUAGUGUGCACCUUCAGUUGUCAAAAUAAUUGAUUAAGAAUGCAAAACAUUAUCAGUAAUGUGUCAGACAAUAUAGAAGGGAAACUUAAGACUUAUAAGCCAUAUUGGUGGAUCUCUACUUUGCUGUAACAACGGGUUUGGACAUAAAUAUCCAGCGAGCCUUUGGUCUAAAGAGCAGGUUAAAACAUUUAAAGGUGACAGUGUGUUAUAUCGUGUAACACCUCUUUUGAUCAUGCGCAGAAUGAGUCCAUGUUAAAUAAUUAAAUGCUGAAGACAAUUAUUGAAUCUGGAUCGCAUGAUCGUCAUUGAAUUGCCUGAUUUUCCAGACUGAUGGAAGCUUGCUGUAUCCUGCAUAUAUUUAUUGCAAUGUAUAGAUAUUUAGGAUAAAAGCCAGGAACUUGGGAGUUUGCACAGCAAAACAAUAAAUGUAUUUAUUACCACCACAAACGGCUCAGUGACUGUUCUUCACAAAACUCGGUCACUCAAAGGCUCGUUGAAGUUGCCACGGCUGUAUUGUAUGUGUCAUGGAUUAAACAAAGUAAUAACAGGAAAACAUCCCCUUGCUUCCACCAAGAUACAACGCACACAACAGAGUAC